AUUUCAGUAAAGACAAAAAGUUACUAUAAAGCCUACUACAGUUGAUUGAUAUUAUAAAAAGUCAAUCAAGAAUUUUACAAAAUAAAACACAGUAGAGAGGACAGAAAACAUGACCAGAAAGAAAUAUAAUAAAGUCAAGAUGAUACUGAUAAUAAGUUGUUUAUUGUUUAUAACAACAACAUCAGCUGUUAAACAAACAAAUAAAGAAGAUGAAGCACCUGUUAUUGGAAUUGAUUUAGGCACAACUUAUUCAUGUGUUGGCAUAUUUACUAAAGGCCAAGUUGAAAUUAUUGCUAAUGAUCAGGGUAACAGAAUUACACCAUCUUAUGUUGCUUUUACUGAAGAAGGUGAAAGAUUGAUUGGUGAUGCUGCUAAAAAUCAACUGACAUCGAAUCCAGAAAAUACCAUCUUUGAUGUUAAACGAUUAAUUGGUAGAAACUGGGAUGAUCCUUCAGUUCAAAAAGAUAAAAACUACUAUCCCUUUAAAAUAAUCAACAAAAACAAUAAACCACAUAUUGAAGUGACUAUAAAAGGUGAAAAAAGGCUUUUCACUCCAGAAGAAAUUUCUGCCAUGGUUCUGGGGAAAAUGAAGACUAUUGCUGAGCAGUAUGUAGGAAAGAAUAUCACCAAAGCAGUUGUUACUGUACCAGCUUAUUUCAAUGAUGCUCAACGUCAAGCUACUAAAGAUGCUGGUAAAAUUGCUGGUUUGGAGAUACUUAGAAUAGUCAAUGAGCCUACAGCCGCAUCUAUAGCGUAUGGUUUACAUAAGAAAGAUAGAGAUUUUAAUGUAUUGGUGUAUGAUCUAGGAGGGGGAACAUUUGAUGUGUCAGCAUUGACAUUAGAUCAUCAAGUCUUUGAGGUUUUAUCAACAAAUGGUGAUACACAUUUAGGUGGAGAAGAUUUUGAUCAGAUGGUAAUGGACCAUUUCUUGAAAUUGAUUAAAAAGAAAUAUGGUAAAGAUAUAAGAAAUAAUGUACAGGCUGUACAGAAAUUACGAAGAGAAGUAGAAAAAGCCAAGAGAACUUUAUCAUCCCAACAUCAAGCUAGAAUUGAAAUUGAAUCUUUAUUUGAUGGACAGGAUAUUUCAGAACCGUUGUCUAGAGCUAAAUUUGAAGAAUUGAAUAUGGAAUUAUUCCGUUCCACAUUAAAACCAGUUAAGAUGGCACUCAAAGAUGCAGAAUUAACAGUAGAUGAUAUAGAAGAUAUUAUAUUAGUUGGAGGAUCAACUAGAAUACCUAAAAUACAACAGUUAGUUAAAGAAUAUUUUAAUGGCAAGGAACCAAAUCGUGGUGUCAAUCCUGAUGAAGCUGUAGCUUAUGGUGCUGCUGUACAGGCAGCUGCUUUAUCUGGAGAUCAGGAUGUAGGUGAUGGUUAUGUAAUAUUAGAUGUCAAUCCUUUAACUCUUGGUAUUGAAACAAUGGGAGGUGUAUUGACAACUUUAAUCAAGAGAAAUACACCUAUACCUACUAGGAAAUCUCAGAUCUUUUCCACGGCAGCUGACAACCAACCUGUGGUCUCUAUACAAAUAUUUGAAGGUGAAAGAGCCAUGUCUAAAGAUAAUCAUUUUUUGGGUAAAUUUGACCUGACUGGGAUUCCUGCUGCUCCUCGUGGUAUACCUCAAAUUGAAGUAACAUUUGAAAUUGAUGUCAAUGAAAAAAUUGACAUUAGAAAUGAUUUAGAAAACUCUGUGUAUAGUAUGUUAAAUCAAAUUAAUGACAAUGAAUCCAAACUGAGCAAAGAGGAUAAAGAAUCUAUACAGGAAGUCAUUAACGCAAAAACAAAAUGGUUGGAAGACAAUCCAUCAGCAAAAAUAGAUGAUCUCAAACUGCAAAAACAAGAAUUUGACAAUGUUGUUCAACCAAUUAUUACUAAACUUUAUCAAAACUCUGGUCCAUCUUCAUCUCAUGAUGAAUCAGAGCUAUAGAAAAUAUGAGAAACCUUAUUCAAUACUGUGAUAACUUAUAACCUUCCAAUGUGUGCCUGGAGAGAGAUGGUGUAUAUGAAAAUAUUUUAUAAAGUGCAAUAGUAUUGUGAAAGUUUCUAAAUAAAAGUAUUAGUGAAAGAUUUAAAAAUCUAUAUGAUAAAAUUUGUUACAUCUAAGUAUUAUGCUAAAUCAAGUUAACUUUCAUUGAACUUAGAUAAGGGUAGAUUUCAUGUCAUUAGGUCUACAGGCAAGUUCAGUAAUCACUACCUACCUUACACUUCUAUAUAGUAACUUACAUUUACAGUAAUAGUAAUCCAUGUAAAUAUAGAUAUUUCUGUAGGCUUUUCAUCAGUUUUUCAUUUCUAGUGAUUUAAAUGCCAUAUUUUGUAAUUUUGUGAGUAUGUUCAAUAUAUUUAUUGAAAGUUUUUUUACAGCUUUGUACUGGAAAAUCUGUAAUAAUGUAUGUGAGUACAAAACACACAUAUUAUUGCAAUUACAAUGUUGAAAUUUGUCAAUAUUUUAAAAUAAUUGAUUAGAAUAUUUCUAAUAAAUUCUUCAAUCAGUUCUUAAUUGAAUUGGCUGAAU